AUGAUAUACAAGAAGACGGGCGAAGAAGCUUCAUCUAGACACCUUAGAUUCAUUUAUUUGUUUAUUCUUUUUUUUCUUCUCCUUUCUUGUUUCCCUCCUGCCACUGCUUGGAGACCAAACCAAAGAAAGCAGCACCGGCUGCAGCAGCAGCAACAGCUGCAGCAGCAGCAGCAGCAGCAGCUGCAGCAGCAGCAGCAUCUCAGCAGCAAGAGCCGUUGUGCUGCUGCUUUUUGUAUGUUCUAUCCCUUAGGCUUACCGUGCUUGGCGAGGCGAAGCUUUUUGUUUAUCUCGCCUCUAAAUUUAAACUCAGAAAGAAAAAAAGAAAUUAACAAAGUGCUGCAAUUAAACAAAAGAAAUUGCAGUGUACGUACACCCGGUGGAGAUACACCGCCUCCACAAUAUACACCCGAGAAUCAAUCAGCUGUACAGACACCGCACAAACAUAAUUUAUCUGUACAUACACCUGAUGUACAUACACCUGAUGUAUAUACAGCUGAUGUACAUACACCUGGGGCUGUAGAUACACCUGGGAGUGUAGAUACGCCAGGUGUAUAUACAGCUGAUGAAGAUACAGCUGAUGAAGAUACAGCUGAUGAAGAUACAGCUGAUGAAGAUACAGCUGAAGACGGAGGAGUGCUGAGCGUGGACUCGCAGUUGGCUUUGAGUGCAGCGGUGCGCAGUUUGAAUGCUGCAGAUUUCGACGCGCUGCUGCAGGCAGCAGGUUUGCUGCCAGCACCAGCAGCAGCAGCAGCAACAGCAACAGCAGCAGGAGCAGCAGCAGGAGGAGGAGCAGCAGCAGCAGCAGCAAGAGAUAGAUUGUCGCUUUCACAGUCGCUGCUUUCUUUGUUAGAUGCUGAGUUAGAAGUUUUAGACAAUGCAGAAGAAGAGCAAACAGCGGGACUAUCUACGCCCACGAACAUACACAAAGAAAAACUAAGAAAUAAACUUCUACGCCUCAAAAGACAAACUGCACAAGCAGCAGCAGCAGCAGCAUCAGCAGGAGCAGCAACAGGAGCAGCAACAGCAGCAGCAGCAACAGCAGCAGCAGCAGCAGCAGGAGGUGCUUCUUCUCUGCCUUUCUUUAGGAGUUUUGCUGCUGCUGAUAGCUCUCCUGAAGGGUGGCUGUGCAUGCAGGACGAUUUAAUCAGAGACAUUUUUUCUUUGCCUUCCUUCUUAACUCCAAAAGAAGUAGAGGCUGCAGCAAAUAUCCUGACACCCCUAACUGCUGCUGCUGCUGCUGCUGCAGAUGGAGGAGCAACAGCAGCAGCAGCAACAGAAGCAGAAGCAGCAGCAGGAAGGAAGGUGUUUAUCGGGCUUCCUGCUGCAGCAGCAGCAGCUGCAGCAGCAGAGGCUGAGCCCCCAGUAAUAAUUCGGCGGCCUUACAGCACCACGCAACUAAUGACAGAUCUCCAUCUAACUUUAAAGACAGAAAUACACAAGCAGCAGCAACAGCAGCAGCAGCAGCAGCAACAGCAAGAGAGCCAGCAGCAACAGCAGCAACAGCAAGAGAGCCAGCAGCAACAGCAGCAGCAGGAGAAAGUCCGGCAGCAGCAGGUGGAGCAGCAUCAAGACUCCCAUCAGCAGCAGCAAGAGCAGCAGCAGCAGCAGCAGCAAGAGCAGCAAGAGCAGCAAAAGCUUGUAGAUGUUCCCUCAUCUGCGGCGUCUUCGUCUCUGUCUUUGUUUGAUUUGCUGCCUUCAUCUGUUCGCAGCUCUUCUCUUUCUUUUGUUUACUCUGUACACCCCACUCUAACUGCAAACGACAAUGAAGACAAAGAGUUAAAAAGAGCUGUUAUCCUCCUUCCAGGCAGAUAUCCUCCAAGGGACGCCCGCGUGCGUUAUAUCGCUGAUCGGCUGUCUCAGAGUUGCGGCUGUGCGGUGUUGGUGCCGGAGGUGCCGAUACACCUGAAGGGGAGACUACUCUUUGCUUCCUCUGCUGCUGCUGCUGCAGCAACAGCAGCAGCAGCAGGGGAAGCAGCAGGUGCAGGAGCAGCAGCAGCAGCAGCAGCAGCAGCAGGAGCAGCAGGGUUGUCAGCAGAGGAGGCAAUAAUUCUUCGGUGUGUUUUGUUUUUGCUGCUGCACGAAGGAGUUGAUGCUGUUGGCUUCGUAGGGAUUGAUGAAGGCGCCGCAGAUGCUUUGCUUGCUGCUGCUAAUCUCUUGGGACCCUCAGGAGGGGUACUAGCCCUCCCUGCUGCAGCACUGCAGCAGCAGCAGCAGCAGCAGCAGCAGCAACACCAGCAACACCAGCAGCAGCAGCACCAGCAGCAGCAGCAGCAGCAGCAGCAGGGGGAUGGAGGUUUUAUGAAUUCUUCAGGUGCAUCUUCUUCUCAAUUGCUGCUGAGUUGUUGUUGGUUGGAUUUGUUUAUGGGGGGAAAGCCAAAAGAAAUUGCAGCAGAGGCAGACGUAAGGGGGUUUUCUUUGCGUUUUAAAGACUUUAACAGACAAUAA